AUGUGGGAUAUGUCUUCGCGGCGCGCCUCUCUAGCGCUUCUACGGGCGCAGGGAACGGGAUCGCCUCCGGACUUGUCUGGCCCCUGCGUGUUGCCUGAAGGCACUGCCCUUGUGCAGCGGUGGUCCUGCGGCGGAAGCGGUCGUGGUGGUGUUGGUGUUGCUGCUUCCGGAGCGGCAACCACUACAGCAGCAACAACAGGCUCUCCUGCAGGGUCCCCUGCUGGGAAUGGAGACGCUUCCAGUGGGUCGGGGGCUUGGGAUCGGCGACUCCCGAUGAGACAGCCGACUGCUGCCUUUCGGGCCUUUUCUGUCACCAAGAACUUCAGUAGAGUGGCGUGCCUCGCGUUCCCCGAGGAGGCGGCAAACGCCUCAAGCAGACGGGGAUACGCCCGGCUGCAGCUGCUGCUGGGCUAUGUGGUGCCUGAGAUCCUUGAUGAGGAAUGCCUCGCCGACGAUGCAGGAGACAGGACUCAGGAGAAUGGAGAAAUAGCUGAGGGGUCUCAGCCCUCGAUACAUGUUCCAUACAGGCCGUACAUGGGCCGUUGCAACAGUCCUAUUCAACACGAUUCUCUCUCUUCUGUAGAAAUAUGUGUAUUCGUAUCUAUAAUGAUGUGCAUGGACACAUCAGUAGGCAUAUUUGUGUGGGCGAAAACUCGCAAACGCGCAGAAGUGUAUACGGUUGUGGUCAGUCUUAACGGCAAAGACAUAUACAGAAGUGCGGUGCUGCGCUGUGACUCGACGAGUCUGAGUGACUGUCUCCAAGCUGUUUGGAAUGAAAGGAUUGAAAUCCAGGUAGACGUCUCUGCUGCUGCUGCUGUCGCUACUGUCGCUAUUGUUUUUGCUGCUGCUGCCGCUGCGGUUGUUGCUGUAGCUGCAUCGAGUGUUGCUGGUGUUCCUGACUUCCCUUGGGUGGCAUUUUCUCUUGCUGCCUCUGUCCUUCGUGGCCCUGCUGCCGUGUUGUUGUUGUUCUCCUUUAAGCGCAUCACUGUUUUUGUUGUUGCUUCUGCUGCCACUGAUUGUCUGGUUCAGCUGCACCAGCCCUACAGUGUGCUUCGAUUAGCCCUGUAUGAUAGAGACACUUCGACCGCUGCUCUCGGUGGUGAUGAGUUGCUGGGGGCUGCGGAUUUUCACCUCCACCUUCUGCUGGCACAGCGCAUUUACGACAUCACGACUGUGUUUGCACCCUUCGCCGUACUUGAUGAGGGUGUAUUGUCUGGCAAGGAAGAGGCUUUCGUAGUGCUGCAGGGCAGUCGUUACCUGCACCGUUCCCAAGAAACACGGGCCCUCAUCAAGGAGCCCUUUUGCGGGUUAUGCGGCGAACACAGCGGCAGCUGCAAGCACAACAACAACAGCAACAGCAGCAGCAACAGCAGCAGCAACAGCAGCGGGGACGCAGAGGGGUCGUCGUUGUACACAGCCGAGCUGGACGAAGAGGAGAUCGCAAAAGACAUGCAGCAUCAGCUGCAGCAACUGCAGCAGCAGCAACGGCAGGGGCAGGCAGAAUUGGGGGGCUGUCGAAUGCGACUUAUGCUGCAGCUGCUGCCCCACAAUACAUCGAAGUGCAGCACCAUCCCUUUACUUGAUGAACUCUCCGCGUUGCUCCUUCCGACCCCGCAGGAGACGCAAGAGGCUGCUCUGCCGCCGCUGAACUUCCCGGCCGUUUGGAGCGACAUUCAGGAUGCCCACAGGAAGCUUACCGAAGGGCCAUUGGGGGUGCUUGCUGCAGGAAUGUACGACGCGGGCUUGCUGCUGCUGAUUGUCUCCUUCAUUCAGCUGCCAUCUUCUCCUGAAAAAGCGUGCUCGGCCGGCAGGGGGGACAACGCUGCAGUAGCUGUUACCGCCGCAGCAGCGGCGGCAGCAGCCACCUCAACAGAAGCGAAGCCUGUUGCAGACAGGGGCAUGUGUCGGGAGAAGACCCGACAAAGUGGCGCCCCAGGGUCUCUCAAGGCCUUUGAAGUCAGCGAGUCAGAAAACUGCUCGGAGACGUCGUUGCUGCGGUCGCUGCUUUCAGCUGCAGUGCCGCCUCCGCUGCAACUCCGCGUGCGCCAGUGCCACAUUGUAGGCGCGCUGUGGGUGAUGGGAGCCUGGGCAGCGGCUGAGCCUGCCAGUGCAUGCAGCAUCGCGAAUUACCUCGUCCUAGCGUCAGGUCUGGCCCUGUUGACCAGCCGAUUGGCGGUAGUGGGCGCAGCAGUGCGGCUGUUGCUGGCAUGUUAUAGGGAGUUUUUGUCUAUUGGUGUUGGUAGUAUUGCACCCAAGGACACAAUGGGCAUCAUUGGCUGGGGCAGAGAAUGUGAAUGCACAAAGCUCUCCGUUGAAGACAUUGUACACAUUGACAUUCUCGAGUAUGUUGUUACUGAAGUCAGUGCUCAGCCUUCCCCUGCACUACCACUACAGGCAGCGAAGGGGGAGCUUCCACAGCACAUACAGUUUGUCUCAUUAUCUCUUUGGCAAAAGACAGUGACGAGCUACAUGCAAGCGAUCAAGAGCAUGCAAUACAACAACAUUAGAGCCUACAUCAGUUGUCACCGCGUGCCUUAUGCGGUGACAGCGUUAGACGAACCCUCAGUUCAGCAGAAGAGACGGUAG